UCUGGAUCAACCGUGUACCGUGUCCGAAUGCCGGUGGAUGCUGUUGGCACCGGUGGCGUGUCCACCAGUAAUAUAAAGACAAGUUUCUUGUACAAGUCGUUCCAUCGGAAAUUAAAGGACGUAAAAUUGGGUAAUCGGAUGUAGCGGUGGUCCAACCGGUGAAUUAAAAAAAUACGCGAAUACGCCUCAUGGCCUCAUGUUUAAAACAGCUGAUGGUUGUCACUUGUCACAAUGCGUCAAUGUAAAGUAUAAAAUAGGAAGUGGGAAGUGUUGUGUAAGUUGUGGUGUAAAAUAUCAAAUAGGUCAGAGCAAUAGAGCAUACAAAUCCGGAUUUUUGUCUUGAAUGCAUAUUUAGGUAACAUAUAUCAUGUUUGUGUAACUGAACGCGAAAAUGAAUUACAUAAAAAUAAUUCAUGUCGGGCUGCUAAGAAGUAGCAAACUAUACCCAGCGGUGAGGAAUAGACCUGUGUAUGUAUGCCUUCACCCAAAUUGCUACAAUAAUAAUGAACAGAAACGUUACUACAAAAAUUUUGGGCACAAAGCUGAUAAAGCACCAAUGGUCUCAAAAAUCUGGUUUACGCUCCUUACUGUGUUAUUCAUUGCGCCCACUAUCAACUACAAAUGGAUAAAAGACUGUCUGUCUGUCAGAGCUGAAAGUGAACCAGUCAGUGAUAGCAUUCAAAUGGAUAACAAAAUUGAAGAUGAAAGUGGUGAAGAUGGGGUCAAGAAAAAAAAGCGGAAGGAAAAAGUUGGUUUUAGAGACAGGAAGAUAAUCGAAUAUGAAAAUAGAAUGAGAGCUUUCUCCACACCAGAUAAGAUAUUUCGAUAUUUUGCCACUGUUAAGCUCAUCCAGAAUGAUACGACUGAGGUAUACAUGACUCCUGAUGAUUUCUUGAGGGCAAUCACACCCGGCAUGAAACAACCAGAUGAUCAUAGAGUAUGAAAAUCGCAUCAGACACUUUUCGACUCCGGACAAAGUGUUCCGUUAUUUCGCUACCCUUCAAGUCCAAGGCGAUGACAUUUACAUGACUCCCGAUGACUUUUUGAGAUCUAUUACGCCGGGCAUGCAACAGCCAGAUGGACUGGGACUAGACCAAUAUAAAAAGUACGACCCCAAGACUGUCCAGGAAAAACUUGAGCUUAAACUAGACGAGGAUAGCAUAUUCUACAAAUUGGGAAGUUCUGGACUAAUUACGUUCUCAGACUACAUUUUUCUGCUGACUGUAUUAUCAACUUCUCGACGCCAUUUUGAAAUAGCAUUCCGCAUGUUCGAUCUCAACGGAGAUGGUAAUGUGGAUUGUGAAGAAUUUGAAAAAGUUGCUACACUGAUAAGACAACAGACGAGCAUUGGAUCGAGGCACAGGGAUCAUGUGAAUACUGGAAAUACAUUCAAGGGAGUAAAUUCAGCACUAACAUCGUAUUUUUUCGGCUCCAAUUGUAAAGAAAAACUGACCAUUGAGAAAUUUCUUGACUUUCAAGAGAGAUUACAAAGAGAGAUUUUGACAUUAGAAUUUAAAAGAAAAGGUCCGGACGAAAACGGCAAAAUAAGCGAAGCUGAAUUUGCAGAACUAUUACUCGCCUAUGCUGGUUAUAACCAAAAGAAGAAAUCAAAAAUGCUGAAAAGGGUAAAAAAGGCUUUCAGGGACCACGGCCAAGGAAUAUCUCAAACGGAUUAUUUGAACUUUUUCCACUUCUUGAAUAACAUAAACGACGUAGACACGGCUUUAACGUUUUACCAUAUUGCCGGAGCAGCCAUCGAUGAACCAACUUUGAAGCACGUUGCCAGAACUGUUGCACACGUUGAUCUCAGCGAUCACGUGGUCCAUGUAGUGUUCACCAUAUUCGAUGACAACUUGGAUGGCCAGCUUAGUAAUAAAGAAUUUAUUGCUGUGAUGAAAAACAGACUAUUGCGCGGCCUUGAAAAACCCAAGGAUACAGGCUUCAUCAAGCUGAUGCACUCAAUUGUAAAAUGCGCUAAAGAAACCCUUAUGGAUUUGUAGAAUACGCACAUACUAUGUUAUGUAAUUAUGCUGCUACUCACCUACCUAGUGAAUACACUUAAACCAAAUCCAAGCUUCUAUGUCAUUAAAAUAGAUAUUAUAUGAGGACUGUUUUUUAUUUUAAUUUGAAAUAUAUUUUGCUUCUGUAACA